AUGGUUAGAACAAACGUAGCUUACCUACUAGCGUUCAGCGUGGGAUACUAUCUGUACAGCCCGUACGAUGAGAUCGCACCCGCGUACAGAUUUCGUCGCGGCGAGGGCUGCGUGUCGUGCACCAGUCUCGAGAAAUUGGCGUCGUAUCUCGAUAAGAACAAGCUGAAAAUUACGCGUUCGAAAUUUUCGGAACUGAGCAAAAGCGAUUUCAACCUGCUCACGCGUAAAGGCGUAUUUCCGUACGAGUACGUCGACGGCUUCGAUAAGCUGCUGGUGACGGAAUUACCACCGCGCGAGGCUUUUUACAGUUCGUUGAUCGGCGAGAUCGCGACUGAUAGCGAUUACGAGCACGCGCGGAAUGUCUGGCGUUGUUUUCGCGUGGAAAAUCUUGGCGAGUACAGCGAUUUGUAUCUUAAAACGGAUGUGCUUCUUCUGGCGGAUAUCUUCAAAAAUUUUCGCGACGCCUGUAUCGACGCUUAUGGACUGGAUCCCGCGCAUUACUACACUCUACCGGGAUAUACGUGGGACGCGAUGCUCAAGCACACGGGGGUGCGAUUCGAAUUGCUCACCGAUAUCGAUGGUACGCGCGAGCUAACAACAAAUACAUGCGAUCGCACGACUCUUCACAACCGUCGACGUAUCUCAUGUACCUCGACGUGCAAUCUGUACGGCUCGGCGAUGUGCAAACCGUUGCCGUACGCGGAGUUUCAAUGGGUCAACAAUGCUGAGAGUCUCGACAUAAUGUCCGUGACAUUGGACUCCGCUAUCGGUUACAUCUUGGAGAUCGACCUUGCGUAUUUGCAUGAACUUCAUGACGCUCACGCUGAUCUUCCGUUCUGCCCGACGCGCGAUAAGCUUCCCGGAAAACGAUUGCGCGUCACGAAGAUUCAUUACGCGCUUCGAUUCGCACAAUCUCCGUGGCUUUGCGGAUACAUAGAGCUCAAUACGGGAUUCAGAAUUCGCGCUAGCAACAAUUUCGAGAAAGAAAUGUACAAACUAAUGAACAAUGCGGUAUUCGGCAAGACCAUGGAAAACGUACGAGAUCACGUUGACGUGCGUCUCGUGACGCGUUGGGACGGGAGAUACGGCGCGGAGGCGAUAAUCGCGAAACCGAAUUUUCACAGUCAAAGGUUAUUCGCGGAGGAUCUGAUCGCCGUUGAGUUGCGCAAGCUCGAGGUGAGGUUGAACAAACCCAUUUACGUUGGUAUGUGCAUUCUCGAGAUAUCCAAGACGUGCGUCUACGAUUUUCAUUACAAUUACAUGGUGCCGCUGCAUCGCGAAAGGUGUAAAAUAAUAUACACGGACACCGACAAUCUCAUAUAUUUUCUCGAGUGCGACGACGCGUACGAGGAUAUGAAACGUGACAUCGCGAGAUUCGACACAAGCGGCUACCCCGAGAACAACGCGUACCGCAUGCCGCGCGUUAAUAGCAAGAUACCCGGAUUGAUGAAGGAUGAGAAUGACGGCGCGGUCAUGACAGAAUUCGUUGGACUGAGGGCGAAGAUGUACGUCUGGAGGGUCGAGGGAAAGAGCGACACAAAGAAAAUAAAGGGCGUCAAGAGAAACGUGGUUGCGAGAACGAUAACGUUCGACGAUUACAUGCGUUGCUUGAGAGACGCGAUAGAGCUGUCUAGGCGACAGUCGUGUAUUCGUUCGACGUUACACGAAGUACACACCGUGUCCGAGUCGAAGCUCGCUCUCAGCCCGUACGACGACAAGCGAUACGUCAUUUCUGGCUCGUACGACUUUCUACCGUGGGGGCAUUACAAGAUACCGCCAUGA